UGGAAACACGGUCCCCCGUGUUUGUGGUGGCGCCGAUUUCAACGACAAAAAUACAUAACAGGUUUUGAAGGUAGAUAGAAGUUUUACUUGCUUUUUUUUCACGCUUUUGUAUUACAAAAAGGAAGUCAUGAAGAUCGAGGAAGUGAAAAGCACAACAAAGACCCAGCGCAUCGCAUCUCACAGCCAUGUGAAAGGCCUUGGUUUAGAUGAAGCCGGCAAUGCUAAGCAGUCUUCGUCCGGCCUUGUGGGGCAGGAGACCGCUAGAGAGGCAUGCGGCAUAAUUGUAGAUCUUAUUCGUUCCAAAAAGAUGGCUGGCAGAGCAGUCUUAUUGGCUGGGCCACCUGGAACUGGAAAGACUGCUCUAGCAUUGGCCAUGGCGCAGGAGUUGGGGAAUAAAGUUCCUUUCUGUCCUAUGGUGGGAAGUGAGGUGUACUCAUCAGAAAUCAAGAAGACAGAGGUACUUAUGGAGAACUUCAGGAGAGCUAUUGGUCUGCGAAUUAAAGAGACUAAAGAAGUGUAUGAAGGUGAAGUGACAGAACUGACCCCAUGUGAGACAGAGAAUCCAAUGGGCGGUUAUGGCAAAACUAUUAGUCAUGUCAUCAUCGGCCUGAAGACGGGGAAGGGUACUAAACAGCUCAAGCUCGAUCCCAGUAUCUAUGAGAGUCUGCAAAAGGAGAGGGUGGAGGUUGGUGAUGUCAUCUACAUUGAAGCUAACAGUGGGGCAGUCAAGAGGCAGGGCCGUUGUGACACAUUUGCUACAGAGUUUGACUUGGAGGCUGAAGAAUAUGUGCCACUGCCCAAAGGAGAUGUGCACAAAAAGAAAGAGAUUAUUCAAGAUGUUACGCUUCAUGACCUGGACAUAGCCAAUGCACGACCUCAGGGUGGCCAGGACAUACUUUCUAUGAUGGGUCAACUAAUGAAACCCAAGAAGACUGAGAUCACAGACAAGCUGCGAGGGGAGAUCAAUAAGGUGGUGAACAGGUACAUAGAUCAAGGCGUGGCGGAGCUGGUGCCUGGUGUUCUUUUCAUUGAUGAGGUUCACAUGCUGGAUAUCGAGUGUUUCACGUACCUGCACCGAGCUCUGGAGAGCUCCAUCGCUCCCAUUGUAGUGUUUGCAUCCAACCGAGGAAACUGCCUCAUUAGGGGGACAGAGGAUAUCAGCUCUCCUCAUGGAAUACCGCUCGACCUGUUGGACCGAGUCAUGAUUAUCAGAACCAUGUUGUACACUCCUCAGGAAAUGAAACAGAUCAUUAAAAUCCGAGCUCAAACGGAGGGUAUUAACAUUAGUGAAGAGGCUUUAACUCACCUGGGAGAGAUUGGCACCAAGACUACCCUCAGGUAUGCGGUACAGCUCUUGACUCCUGCCAAUCUGCUGGCCCGAGUUCAGGGGAAGGAAGGCGUAGAGAGAGAGCAUGUGGAAGAAAUUAAUGAGCUCUUCUACGACGCCAAGUCUUCUGCAAAGAUACUGCAGGACCAGCACACCAAGUUUAUGAAAUAAUUCCCUCUUUCAGCCUAUCAACUGCUUGCUCUCUGCCUACAGUUCAGAUCUGCCAGUAAAAUGGCAGAAAUCUUCAGACCAAAUAUUUUGUAGGUCAGCAAAGCCACUCUACUCAUACUACGAUGUAUCUGGUAUUGGAAAAUUAGGAAAAGAUUAAAAAAGAGUAAAUCUUUUCUCACUGGAGUAUUCCUUUAGCCCACCUCCUUUUCAUUGUCCAUUCUUUUUGCUGGGAAUGUUGAGACCUUUUUUAUCUCUUGAGCAGAUACUGUUUGAUACUGUUUGUUUUUAAGAAAAACAAUUUUUGAAUGUUAAAAGCAAUGCAAGAAAUUUAAAUAAACCUCUUUAUAAUCAUCA